AUGUUCGGAAGCAAUGGAUGGCGAGCCCUAGGGCUUUCGCUUGCCUUUGCACCACAGGCCCUGGCGGAUAUUUGCGCGACCCUGAAGCAAGGAGGGAUUGACGUCGAAUACCCUCUCACAUUGGACUAUUCCAGCGAUCUCACGAAGUAUUGGUCUGCGGCAUGCGGUGACCUGAAGCCGACAUGUAUCGCUGCCCCAUCCAGUGCAGCAGAGAUGGCGCAGGUGAUCAAGAAUCUUCACGAUGUGGAUACUUUGUUCGCGGUCAAGAGUGGAGGUCACAUGCCCAACAAUGGAUUUGCGAGUAUUCAGGAUGGAUUGUUAGUUUCGACAAAGAAUCUGGAUCAAGUCGACUAUAAUCCUGAUGACCACACUGCUAUCAUUGGUCCUGGUCUCUCGUGGGAGGAGGCUCAGAAGGGCCUUGAUGGAACUGGUCGAUGCGUUGUGGGCGGUCGUCUUGGAGGAGUCGGAAUUGGAGGAUAUAUGCUUGGAGGUGGCAUGAGUUUCUUGAGCACCCAAUACGGUUGGGCUGCCAACAACGUUGUUGACUUCGAAAUCGUGCUUGCCAACGGCACUAUUGUCCACGCAACCGAGAAAGAGAACACAGACCUCUUUGCAAGCCUGAAGGGCGGAGGUAACAACUUUGGAGUUGUCACCGCAUACACCAUGCAGACUCACCCUCAAGACCACAAGGUCUGGGGUGGUAACUACAUUUUCACAGCCGACAAAACCCCCCAGCUUCUGGAAGCCCUGCGCAACUUCGUUGACGAAUAUCCCGAUGACAAGGCUGCAAUCAUUCUGACUUCGGAGCACGGUCUGGCUCUUAACUUGUGGAUCAUGUUCCUCUUCUACGACGGCCCCGAGCCACCUGCGGGAGUCUUUGAUGAGUUCACUGCCAUUGACCACACAUCAACCACCAAGACUUGGGACACCUACUACGACUUGCUUAAGCACAACGACUUCUUCAUUCUCCAUGGACAACGCUACACCAUCGCCACGGAGACUACUCCUCUCCCCAACAAGACCGAGAGCGCGGGCGUACUCCAGGGAUACUACGAUCACUGGUUCAAUGUUACCAAGUCAGUGCUGGAAGUUACCGGUGUUUUGGGCUCAAUCGCCUUCCAACCAGUCCCCAGAACCUUUUCCCAGAAGGCCAAGGACCGCGGUGGAGAUCUGCUUGAUGUUCCGUCGGAUCAACCCUACAUCUUCUUUGAGAUCGAUUUCUCUUAUGGCCUGGCCAUUGAUGACGAGAAGAUUGACGCCGCCACCGUCGAAGUUUACCAGGGCCUGGGUAAUUUGGUUCAGAAGAACGUCGACGAAGGUCGCUUGCCGGAUGUGUACCGACCUUUGUUCAUGAAUGACGCUUACCACCGCCAAGAUUACUGGGGUCGGAUCAGCCCAGCAUCCAAGGAGCUGGCUCUCAAGACCAGGAAGCGAUAUGACCCUGAUGGAUUCUUCCAGAAGAGGACCAGCGGAGGCUGGAGACUGAACUAG